CAUCUACUAGCCCGCCAGAACAAGAACACACAUUUCUUGGUCCUCGGCAUUCUCGUGGAGGCUCUCAUCUUGAUGGAACAGGUGAUGAACCUGCUCACCGGGACCAGGGUCAUGCAUCGGACACCUCGCCGUUAAGUGAAGAUGAAUUGUCCAAGGCAGUGCAAGUGGUCGGAAAAAUGCUAGCGGGAGUCGCUUUUGACGCCGAAAUCGAGAAAAUAACAAGACAGUCGCCAUCUAAAGCAGCUGUAGAACCCAACUCCACGAUGCGACUCGAGCCAACCAGCAAUAUCUUGGUUUUCGCACCUCUUGGAAGGAUUUUGUGGUUACGGGACAUGGAGGCAGCAUCGGAACUCCGGUCAGGUGAACAUGGACGAGGUAUCACGCAGACGGAAAAC